AGAUAGAUAGAUAGAUAGAUAGAUAGAUAGAUAGAUAGAUAGAUGUCCCAGCCCCUAGGUGACAGUCUUCCCCAGCUCUGGCCUCUAGACUGGGGGUGCACGGGUGACUCACUAAUGGCACGUUGUUGUACUGAAGCCUGUUCCUCUCAGCUGUGGGUGGUGGGAAAUGUUAUAAAUAAUCAUCUGCAUUUCUAUGGCAGCGCCACAUGCCACUCGCCAGGCGCUCCCCCUUCCCCCAUGCAUGAAGCCACAUCCCCUGGGAAUGUGCCUGCUCCCCAACUUCCCGAAGGGGAAACUGAGGCACAAUCAAGGGCUGUCUCACUCCAGGCUACACACCCUGGAGUGAAGACCAGAUCCCUCUCAGCCUUGACCCCCCUAUGCACCCUGUGUGAGUUGUCAUGCACAUGUGACACAACUGCCAUGCAGCCUGUGUGAGAUGUCACAUAUGUGUGUGAUACAACUGCCAUGCAGUGGGUGUGCGGUGUCAUGCAUGUGUCAGACACACAUGCCAUGCAGCACCUGUCAGGUGUUACACAUGACUCCCGUGCAGCAUGUGAGAUGUCACAUGUGUGUGAUAUGACUGACAUGCAGUAUGUGCGUGAGGUGUCACACAUGUGCAAUGAGACCCUAUGCAGCAUGUGUGCGACACAACAGCUGUGCAAUGUGUGUGUGACAUGUCACAUGGAUGUGUGUGACAUGACAACCAGGCAGUGUGUGUGACAUUCCCCCUGGCAGUAUGUGCAAUACAACCCUAUGAAAUGUGUAUGUGCAAUGUCACGUGAAUGUGUAACAUGACAAGUGUGCAGCCUGUGUGCGACACAACAGCUGUGCAAAGCGUGUAGAGAUUAGAUAGAUAGAUAGAUAGAUAGAUAGAUAGAUAGAUAGAUAGAUAGAUAGAUAGAUAGAUAGAUAGAUCCUGUCAAGGGUCAGGGUGGAUUCUCCAUCACUGACGAUUUUUCAGCCAAGAGGAGCUGGUUUCUAAUGAUUUGGGUGCAGGUCUCUGGCCUGUGUUAUCCAGGUCAGACUAGAUGAUCACAAUGGUCCUGUCUCGCUUUGGAAUCUCUAUGUGUAACACAGCAGCCACGUACAGUGCCUAAUACCAACCCAUGCAGCAUACAUGUGACAUGUCGCUUGUGUAACCCGACCUCUCUGCAGUAUGUGCUCCCGGGAUUCUGCCUUGCUGUCACUACCAGGGGCCCUGCUUUGCCCCAGGGCGAAUGCCCACCCAACUCGCAACCCCCAGCUUUCCCUGAAAGGAGCAGCCUUCCGCCCUGGCACAGCCCAAGAGACACAGCAUGCAUUGCCCUGCGGGAGGAAUGGCAGUGUCGGGACCAGCUGGCUGCCAGCCCCCCACUCCCUAGGUGGGUCACUAGGCAUCACUGCUCUCUGCCCUUGCAUGUGCUCCGAGCUAGACAGACACAAACCCCGGGGUGUCCUCUCCACUUCCCAGGGAGUCUGAGUUCCCACACAUGGGGCAGGGACACAAGGGCCAACUGCCCCUCCCCAUCUGCCCUGGCUGGGGCACAGGGUCAGCAAGCAUCCCAGUGGUGGGGGCUGGGAGGAUGAUGGCACCAAGGCACUGACCAACGUGUGGCCUGGCUGCCCUGCUCCACCUGCAACCCAGCCCUCCCUUGGUGUCUCUGCCACUUACCUGCUCAUCUACCAACUCCAUACAUUCCCCUCCAUCUAGCCAUGCAUCUGCAAUACCCCAGCUAUCCAUUCGCAACACCCCAUCUAUCCAUUCAUCCAUCUGCAACACCCCAUCUACCCAUCCGCAACACCCCAUCUAUCUAUCCAGAACACCCCAUCAAUCCAUUCGUUCAUCUGCAACACCCCGUCUACCCAACCGCAACACCCCAUCUAUCCAUUCAUCCAUCUGCAACACCCCAUCUACCCAUCCGCAACACCCCAUCUAUCUAUCCAGAACACUCCAUCAAUCCAUUCGUUCAUCUGCAACACCCUGUCUACCCAUCCGCAACACCCCAUCUAUCCAUUCAUCCAUCUGCAACACCCCAUCUAUCCAUUCGCAACACUCCAUCUUCUAUCCAGAACACCCCAUCAAUCCAUUCAUUCAUCUGCAACACCCCAUCUACCCAUCCGCAACACCCCAUCUAUCCAUUCAUCCAUCUGCAACACCCCAUCUAUCCAUUCGCAACACUCCAUCUAUCCAUUCAUCCAUCUGCAACACCCCAUCUACCCAUCCGCAACACCCCAUCUAUCUAUCCAGAACACCCCAUCAAUCCAUUCGUUCAUCUGCAACACCCCAUCUACCCAUCCGCAACACUCCAUCUAUCCAUUCAUCCAUCUGCAACACCCCAUCUACCCAUCCGCAACACCCCAUCUAUCUAUCCAGAACACUCCAUCAAUCCAUUCGUUCAUCUGCAACACCCUGUCUACCCAUCCGCAACACCCCAUCUAUCCAUUCAUCCAUCUGCAACACCCCAUCUAUCCAUUCGCAACACUCCAUCUAUCCAUUCAUCCAUCUGCAACACCCCAUCUACCCAUCCGCAACACCCCAUCUAUCCAUCUGCAAUACUCCAUCUAUCCAUUCAUCCAUCCGCAACACCUCAGCUAUCUAUCCUCAACACCCCAUCUAUCCAUCUGCAACACCCCAUCUACCCAUCCAUCCAUCCAUCCAUCCAUCCACAACACCCCGUCUAUCCACCCUUCCGCAGCACCCCAUCUAUCCAUCCAUCCAUCUGAAACAACCUAUCUAUCCAUUCGUCCAUCUGCAACACCCCAUCUACCCAUCCGCAACACCCUAUCUAUCCAUCCGCAACACCCCAUCUAUCCAUCCUUCCAUCUUCAACACCCCAUCUAUCCACCCUUCUGCAACACCCUAUCUACCCAUCCACCUGCAACACUCCAUCAUCCAGCCAUCUGCAUACACACAUAUCUAUCUGCAUAUACUCCUCUAUCGAACAAUCUGCAUGCACCCAUGUAUCUAUGAGCAGAUAUCUCUAUCAAUCUAUCUGCAUACACCUUAUCUAUCUCAUGCACACUCUUUUCU